AUGAGCGGGCUUCCUCCUCUGGCGGCUCAGGUGCGCUGCCCAGUUGAACUGCAUGUUCCUCUGCAGGGCGCAGAAGAGGCCGAGAGCGCGCUGCAGCGCAUCUUCGGGGGCCUGUUGCAAUCGGACGUCAUGUGCUGUGCGUGCGGUCACACCUCCACAGCACUUGACCCUUUCCUCGACAUCUCCCUAGACAUCAAGCCUCCCCCGCUGCCACCCGCGCCCCUGCUGCGACCGCCGGGGCCCAUGCACAAGUACGCACUCGCACCUUUACCACCUUUUUGGAUACUGCCCGCGAAUGCGCAGCGGCGGCUCUCCGGCGCGGCGGCGAUGGCGGUGGCGGCUGCGCAGAAGCGCGCGGCCAGCGUUGCCGGCGCCGAUCCGUCGGUCGGCACCUCCGGCGAGACGGCUGCGCCGGCCGGGGCCAGCCCGGCCGCGGCCGCGAUCGCGGCGGCUUCCGCAGCAGCUGCCUCGCAGCUGCCUGACGACCGCGCGUCGCCGGACACGACGGCGACAUCCGCCGUCGGCGAGGCGGCCAGCGCGGCGCCCGGCGCAGGGUACGCCGUUGCAGGCAGGGACGACAGCAGCGAGUCAUUGGACAUCGUUGGAUCGUACACAAGGGAGCCGAGCCCCCAGGGGACAACAUCGCCCCUUCUGGAGGCGGGCGGCAGCGGCGGCACCGCCCGGCGCGGCAGCACAGAAGGUGACGGCUACCACAGCAGCGCGCAUGAAGCAUCGGCCCCUCCUGCAAGCACUGCCAGAGGCGCACUGAGCUCUGAGGGCGCCAGCAGUGGCAUCAUGGGCGACUCACAGGCCGGGUUACGGGAUGAGGUUCUCACCUCCCCUGCUCCAGGGGGCGAUAAUGCAAUGGACGGCGGCCAAUUCUGGCGCCCCACCUCUGCCCCACUCCCCUCCUCCACCCAGCGGCCGCCGUCUGCCCCAGCUCCAGCUCCGGCGCGGCCGCGAUCGGGGGGCACGGGCAAGAAGCAGCGGCCGACGCGCUGCAUGAAGUGCGCGACUUGUUUGAAGCCGCAGCUGAAGAAGGCGUGCCUGCGCAACAAGGCGCUGCGCUCUGCAGGCAACCUCGCCGCACUAGACGAGCCCCCGCCACCUGUCGCUGACCUGGCUCUGCCCGCCUUAGCUCCCUUGAAGAGGAUGCCAAAUGCAGAGGAGGAGGUGCAGGGCGGGAUCAGCCGCUCCGGCAGCUUCACCUUCCCGACACGCGGCAGCCUCCCGCUGCCGGUCACGCCGCGCAGCCCGGCCCCGGCUCCCGCAGCCGUCGCCGCCCUGGCACCCGCCGGUCCCUACUUGCUGACUCACCGCUCAGUCACCGCCGACAGCGCCGCAGCCGCAGCCGGUAGCCCGGAGCCAGCUGCCGCUGCGCCGCGCAGCGGCGCGGCCUUAGAGUCUGCGGCAGCGGCCGCCGCCGCGUCCAACGCCGGGGGGACUUCCGCCCCCACCGGGGUGUACGGGGCCGCGGUGCCGGGGGGCCCGGGCCCCGUAACGGCGCAGUACGGGGCGGCGAGCCUGGUGGGCUGCUUGCACCGCUUUGUGCGGCCGGAGAGCCUUGGGCCGGGGGAAAGGUGGACGUGUGAGCGGUGCCGGCUGCAGCAGCGCGCGGUCAAGCAGAUGUCAAUCCGGCGGCUGCCACCCGUGCUUUGCCUGCAUGUCAAGCGCUUCGAGCACAUGGGCGUGGGCAAAAAGCUGAAUACGCCCCUACUCUUCUCAGCACACCUGGACGUUCGCCCGUACCUGUCCUCGACUGUGCUGCAGAAGCGGUUCACAGUCAAGAGGCCGCCAGAGCGGCGCAAGAACGGCCUCUCUAAUGACUCCGAUGAAGUCGGCGUCAUCUAUGAGCUGUACGCUGUUGUGUGCCACCGUGGCAACCUGCAGGGAGGACACUAUGUGGCAUAUGUCAAGUGCGGCAACUCCUGGUACCUGUGCGACGACGGCUUUGUGCUCGAAGUGGAUGAGGCAACCGCAUGCAGCCCCAACGCAUACAUGCUAUACUACCGGCACACCUCUGUGCGCGCUUGA